GUGCAUGGAGGAGGACAUCUGGCUUCUCUUCCUGUAGAAGAGGCUCAGGACUGGGAAAGCGAAUCCAGGGGACAAGCUGACCAUGGAAGAUGGUGUAAAGGGGAAUAGCAAUACCUCAACAGCAUCUCGGGUUACUUUCAAAGCCGGCUGGUUAAAGAAAAGCAGUGGCCUCCUAGGUUUGUGGAAAGAUCGCUAUAUUCUACUACUGAAGACCAAGUUGCUGGUGUGCGAAAGUGAGGAUGAACAGAAAUGCUUGGAGACACUGGAGCUCAGCAGCUAUGAACGGUGCCAGGAUCAGAGAGCUUUCCUCAAGCGCAAAAGGCAUUUCACCCUUAUCCCAUCACCAGGCACCAAGGUGCAAGAUGUGAAAUUUCUGGCAAGGAAUGCAGAAGAGAGGGACACGUGGAUCCAGGCACUAAAUGAUGGAAUAAACCGAGGCAAAAACACAAUUCUUGAUGAGGUGAAAGUGGACCCCACCAUCUCAUUAGAACAUGUGACCAGGGACAGAGCAAGAAUGGGAGCAGCAAAGAGAAGACCUCCCACCAGAAUCCACCUUAAAGAAGUUGCUGAAGCUGCUGAAGAUGAUUCUUUAAGGCUAGGUCUGGAUACUCUGAAGACUGAAGUUUUAACAGUAAUACCACGUGAACCUGAGGAAAGGGUACUUCAACCACAGAAAGAACCAGUAAAGAUACCUAUGCCACCUUCAAAACCGUCUUCCUCUAUUUCCGCUGAAAUGCAUCAACAAGAUAACUCAGAGGGUGUUUCUGAAAUACCUCAUCCACCAUCUCCACCUCCAAAAACUGCCAAGGAAGGUAUUUAUGCCAGAGAAAAGUUUUUGUCAGAGGCUGAGGAAAGAAAACAUGAGAUCAAGACACCGAAUAGUGGCAGCCAAGAAAAUUUAGUAGAAGCAAUAUAUACCCCUCCCAAACCUCCACCGAAGAUUUUAUCUGACAGAAUGAAGAUUAAAUGGAUGGGAUCCUCUUCAGACAUGUUGGAAACAGAAAGUAUGAAAUCACAUGAUAACGGUAGCAAAGAAAACUUGGUAGAAUUUGAGACUGAUGAACCUGAAACAUCACAUAGUCCUGUUCUACAAGCGUUUGAGGAAAAGGAAGCGGAAGCUCCAGUGAUUGAACAUAGUGUGAGCAAUGUGGAAGGUGAGAGGCUGGAAGUCCCUAACGAUGUGGUUAAUAAGGACUUAACUGAUGGAGAUAGUCUGAAUGAACCCUCCAGAGAAGAUAAAGAAGAAGAAACAAAUACAAAGUCAGAAACAAAAGACCAGCUUGAAGUUAGUGAUGUCCAAGCCACAGAAACAUAUGAGAAGGUAGAAUCUUUACCAAAUGAAGGUUCAGAUGAGGAUACACAUUCCCCAAAAGUAGAAGGAUCCAGGAUUCCCGACACAAAACCAAGGUCAUCUUCCAUGGGCAACUUACUGUGUGAAUUCAGCAUGGAUAGUGAAAGUAAGACUAUGCAAAAGAGCCACUUAUUACAUGUCACUAAGGACCAUUUUCAUGAAGUAGAGAUGAAGCUGUCUCGUGGAAGGAAGACUACUGAGAGCCUUUUAAACCAAGUAUUGCAAGGGCAACUGGUAAAGAGCCCUGAGGCCAAUGGGCCAGACAUUAAUGCAGAGACUCUUCUGCAUGAAGCAGUGAAACAACUCAGAGAAGCAUCCAUGGUGCUGCAAGAGAUAAAGGAAUCUAGUAAUGCAUCAGAUAUUCCUGAGGCAGUGACUGACAAUCAGAAAGAGAAGACAAAGGAACUACUGACUCUUUACAGGAGGAGUGUCCCUUAAUACCCUUGCGAAUUGUUCAUCUCAAAGGGUUGGGGACACCCUUCUUCUCAAACUCUUCUGAAGUUUGAUCUAUUACUUUUGGAGGCCACACUUGCAAGGGUUUUUAAUUAGAAAGGCAGCUUACUUACAGUUAAAUCUUCAGUGCAAGGUUUGUCAACUUAACAACCUUCCAUCGUCUAUUAAACAGACAGAAUUAUAAAUUAAUUGCAAUGCUAUAUACACCUAGUGUCAUUCCAGAAACCACUGUAUUCAGUAAAGGUUCUCGAUUGCAAAAAUGUUGGUUGGCUCCUCUGUAAUAAAGAAGGGGUUAAAACGCCAGACUGUAUAUUAGGCCUAUUUCCAGAAAAUGUUCCCAGUUUCCCGAGAUACAUUGUUGUUUAUUUCCUCCCCUUGUAGACUCUUUGUCACCCUCCUCCCUCCCUAAGCUUCCAGCAGCUGUGUGUGGUACAGCUUCCAUCAGAACUCAGCGUGUUUGCUCCCAGGCAAACACUCCAAAACCAGUGUAGAUCAACGAAAACAAUUUGUCUCCAGAAAUAUAAAAAAAAAUAGUUAGGGCUCUCCGGUCAAGAUAUAAUAUGUUCCGUGCAACAUGUACAUUUUGUGUAUGUAAUGAACCGUAUGUGCUUAAUAUUACAAAUGUGUUCGUGAAAUGUUA